GGACAAUUAUUUUGUAAGUGGUAGUGCUUAACUGCUGAAUUCUGGCUUUGCUUCAUUGGGCCUGUGGAUUUUUUUUCCUCCCUGUUUCUGCAAAAUAAGCUGAACAGGCAAAAUGGAUUUCUCCAAGCUACCCAAAAUUCGUGAUGAAGACAGAGAGGCUUUUGUUGGCUAUGUCCAUGGAGUCUCGGGACCUGUGGUCACGGCAUGCAACAUGGCAGGUGCUGCUAUGUAUGAGCUGGUACGAGUAGGCCACAGUGAACUGGUGGGGGAGAUUAUCCGACUGGAAGGUGAUUUGGCAACUGUGCAGGUGUACGAAGAAACCUCUGGUGUCUCUGUAGGAGAUCCUGUACUCCGUACUGGCAAACCCCUGUCAGUAGAACUAGGGCCUGGCAUUAUGGGAGCUAUUUUUGAUGGUAUCCAGAGGCCUCUCUCGGACAUCAGCACCCUGACCAAAAGUAUCUAUAUUCCUAGAGGUGUCAAUGUGUCAGCUUUGAGCCGAGAUGUCAAAUGGGACUUCACACCUUCCAAAAACCUGCGGGUUGGGAGCCACAUCACUGGUGGAGAUAUUUAUGGUGUAGUGAAUGAAAACUCUCUUAUCAAACACAAAAUCAUGCUGCCCCCACGGAACAGGGGUACAGUUACAUACAUCGCUUCACCAGGAAAUUAUGACACUUCAGAUGUUGUCUUGGAGCUGGAGUUUGAAGGUGUGAAAGAGAAGUUCACGAUGGUUCAGGUCUGGCCUGUACGUCAAGUCCGUCCUGUUACUGAGAAGUUACCGGCCAAUCAUCCUUUAUUAACUGGCCAACGUGUCCUGGAUGCCCUCUUCCCGUGUGUACAAGGGGGUACAACAGCGAUUCCCGGGGCAUUUGGUUGUGGGAAGACUGUGAUCUCGCAGUCUCUCUCAAAAUACUCCAACAGUGAUGUCAUCAUUUAUGUAGGCUGUGGAGAACGAGGAAAUGAAAUGUCUGAAGUACUGAGAGAUUUUCCUGAGUUAACAAUGGAAAUUGAUGGCAAGGUAGAAAGCAUCAUGAAGAGAACAGCUCUGGUAGCAAAUACCUCCAACAUGCCUGUGGCUGCCAGAGAAGCCUCUAUCUAUACUGGAAUCACCCUGUCUGAGUAUUUCCGGGACAUGGGCUACCAUGUCAGUAUGAUGGCAGACUCUACUUCCCGAUGGGCUGAGGCCCUCAGAGAAAUUUCAGGGCGACUGGCUGAAAUGCCAGCUGACAGUGGUUAUCCAGCCUACCUUGGUGCCCGUCUAGCUUCUUUCUAUGAGCGAGCUGGCAGAGUGAAGUGUCUGGGAAAUCCUGAAAGGGAAGGCAGCGUCAGCAUUGUUGGAGCCGUUUCUCCCCCAGGUGGUGACUUCUCUGAUCCUGUCACAUCUGCUACUCUGGGCAUUGUUCAG